AAGCGUGCCCGCCGCCGUGCGCGUCCCCGCAUCCACUUCACAUCCACUGAGCGGUGCCAUCCCAGGCGGAUCGCAACAUGACCAUCAACGCCCUGGCUCGAGGAGGCUGCCACCGGGAACAAAUGUCAUGCUUUCGGAAGAUGGAGAAAGUCAUCGUUGCCAUGCAGGACCCGGACAUGGGCGUGAAGAUGCGGAACCAGAGGCUGCUCAUCACCGUCAUCCCGCACGCCAUGACAGGCCGCGACGUCAUCGAGUGGCUCGUUCACAAAUACAACGUGUGCCAAGACGAGGCUUUGCACCUCGGCGCCAUGCUGGUGGGCUUCGGCUACGUUUACCCUCUCAAGGAGCCCCGCCUGUUGGUGCUGCGUCCCGAUGACUCCGCCUACCGCUUCCAGACCCCUUACUUCUGGACCAGCACCCGGUGGCCUGCCUCGGAGCUGGACUACGCGAUCUACUUGGCCAAAAAGAACAUCAGAAAACAAGGACAGCUGAUGGAAUACGAAAAGGAGCGCUACGCUCUGCUGCACAAGCGGAUCAACCACACUUGGGACUUUGUGGUCAUGCAAGCCAGGGAGCAACUCAGGGCGUCCAAACAGCGGCGCAAGGCUGACCGCAUCGUUCUGGAGUGUCAGGAGCAGGCUUACUGGCUCGUCAACAGACCCCCGCCCGGGGUGCUUAACGUGCUCGACGCGGGCCCGGAAAGGCCCAACGACUGCAAUCCACGAGUCCCGCUGAACAGCGACUACUACAAAAGAGAGAUCGAAACGUGCAAAAGGGCUUUGGGGAGAAACCGCGUCAAGUCGUCCAUCUGCCUGGAAGGUUUUUUGAAAUUCAGUGAGCAGUACCAGAACCACGAUCCCAUUAUGCGAGGUUGUCUUCCCAGUAAUCCGUGGAUCUCCGACGACGUCGCGCUUUGGACCAUGAAUGCAGAUAUAGCGCCCACCCCAACGCGCCUCCGAGUGGAACGUUGGGGCUUCAGCUUCAUGGCGCUUCUCGUCGACACCAUGGGCAGGCGCGAAUUCAUGACCUACCUGGAAAAAGAAUUCAGUGCGGAGAAUUUGUGUUUCUGGGAGGCCUGUGAAGACGUCAGACACGGAGAAAGUUCCAAGAUCGUCGAGAAGGUGGAGGAAAUCUACAAAAACUUCUUGGCGCCGGGCGCCGCACGCUGGGUGAAUGUUGACAGCAAGACCAUGAGCAAGACCUUGGAGGGAAUCCGGCGUCCGCAUCGCUUCGUCAUGGACGACGCGCAAAUGCACAUCUACUUCCUCAUGAAGAAGGACUCUUAUCCCAGAUAUCUUAAAUCUGACCUUUACAAGAACAUGCUGGCCCGGGCUGUUAUUCCACAGGAGACGAAGAAAAGCGUGUUCCCCUUCAUGAGGAGACAACGGCACUCGAGCCCUUCGCCCGCCAAGGCCGCCGCCCAGGAAGGAAAACUCCUUAAAGGGUCCGAGCAGCCAGGAACCAGUUCUGGGGCCGUCUGAUGCCAGACGAAAACAACGAUAACAUCGCACGCCGUUCAACUUUCUCAGUUCUGACCGCCGCUUCCGGUUUUAUCCCGCACUUCUUUUUCGACUCCUCAACUUUCCCUCGUGAUCUGCGGUCGCUUUUCGUGUGGGAGUCCGCAUUUGUUGCACGAUCCAAAUGUUAAAUAAAACAGGAACGUAUGCGGAGCUGAAAUGAAGCAUCGUAAGGAAAAGGUUUGAUUGCCUGCGGAUGCCGCAAGAUGGCAGCAAAGCACUACUUUUGUCAAAGGGCCGUGGGCCACACGUCAAUAACGGUCUUCAUACGCCACAAGAUGGCGCCAAAGCAAUACUUUUACAUUUAACAAGGCUAUGGCCUGAGUGGAUUGCAGCUUCUUCUGUCAGCCUUGAAAAAUGUCUUCACCAUCUUCCAAAAUGUCGACGUUGUGAGGUCUAAAUAUCCUGCGCCUGCACUUAAAACCCAAGCUUUCCGCUCUAUGAGAACAGAACACGCACAGUAGAACUGUGACACGUAGCCGGCCGCUUUCUGGCCCACGUAGCUGUUGAUGCGCACACCCGAGUAGCCUCAAAUAUUGCUUUAAUACAAUAAAUGAACAUAACCAGCUUUCAGCGCCAUGGCAACAUCCUGCUGCUGUUUUAGUGACUAUAUUCUUUCCAUGUUGAUUUUGUUCUUGAGAUCCAACUCCGGAUUCACAAAGUUUCCUCCUUAAAAAAUAAAAAUCAGCAAUAGAGAUAAUACAAUCAGUUUGUCCCGUGUAUUUUUGAUCAUUAAGUUUGGUAUUUUUUUCUUUCCGCACGGAAACUGGCGAUUGCGUCCAAUUUUAACUUUGCUUGAGCAUGUUUGAAUCCCAAUUUUUUGUUUAAAAACUGCAUGUGCUGGAUCGUGUUCUGCAUUCCUUGAUUAUGCGAUUAAAUCUGUAACAAGUUAAAAGUUAAAGCAUGCUAACUAAUGGUUCCGUGCUCUUCUUGUUUCUCAUUAUUUUGCCCAAAUGUUAGGUUUUGGCUUCUUUUUAUAUUCCGACAACAUGCACGUUAGACAGUUGAAGACAC